UUGUCUUGAUCUUGGCACCAUAGUAUUAAAAGAGACGGUUUGCGUGCUGGUUGUGUGCAAACAGCUGUUCAAUUGUAGUAUCGGACAUUCUAUUAUUUAUACCAUCCGUGUUCUAUCUCUAACCUGUUGCCAUAAUAAAUACAAAUGACGUCACAGAAAGAUCCGUCAGGGCAUGGUGAUACCAAUAACAGUGGCCAGUACAGUUAUGAAAAAAAUUUCCGGACAGCGUUCCCCCAAUUUAUAGCAGUCAGCGUCAAAAAUUUGUUGUUAUUAGGUUAUGGCAUGACCCUGGGCUUCACAACCAUUCUUAUACCAGCCGUGGCAAAUCCAAUAGAUGGGGAAGUGCUACACUUAACACACAAUGAAUUGUCUUGGAUAAGUUCAAUUAAUUAUAUUAUAGUACCGUUUGGAUGCGCUGUGUCUGGGAUAGUGACGUCACCGCUAGGACGCAGAAGAGCCAUGCAGGUCGUUAACAUACCAUUCUUUGUGGCAUGGUUAUUGUUCCACUAUGCAAGUAGCACGGCAUAUUUAUAUGGUGCUUUAGUGCUGACGGGCUUGGCUGGUGGUGUAUUAGAAGCGCCGGUGUUGACAUACGUAGCUGAGAUCACCCAACCACAUCUCCGCGGCGCCCUCACUGCCACCAGUUCUUUGUGCAUUAUCCUUGGAGUAUUUACCCAGUUCCUGUUUGGUUUGUUCCUCUAUUGGAGAACAGUUGCCUUGGUUAACAUAAUUUUCACGAUUUUGGCAGUGGUAGCCUUAUUUUUUGUUCCUGAAUCACCACACUGGCUAGUGUCAAAGAAACGAUAUCAAGAAGCCCAAAAGAGUCUACAAUGGUUGCGCGGGUGGACCGAUGCCAAUGCAGUUGAAGAUGAAUUAAAAGACAUCCAGAAUUUAUAUAAAAGAAAAAAAGUUGAAUUACAAGAUGAGGAAGAGACGUUCUCGGAAAAAAUAUCGCAUUAUUUGGAGCGCAGCUUCUACGUUCCAUUUGCGCUGAUUUCUUUUAGUUUCUUUGUUGGUCAUUUCAGUGGCAUGACUACGCUUCAGACGUUCGCGGUAUCCUUAUUUCAGAGGCUUCAGGCACCAAUUGAUAAAUAUUAUGCAACGCUCAUACUUGGCAUUCUGCAAAUAUUAGGUACAGCUGUAUGUGUAUUACUGGUCCACUAUACAGGGAAGAGGCCAUUGACAUUCUUCUCCACCGGCGGAGCUGCUGUAUGUUGUUACUUUGUGGCUGCUUACGAUGGCUAUUUGAAACUCGACGGAAUGUCAGAAAUUACAAAUAUGAAUGUCAACGUUACUGCAGGAAAUGUUACUGAUAAUAUGAAUAAUUCUUAUUCGUGGAUACCGACGACGCUUUUUAUGUUGUUAGCUUUAAUAACACAUACAGGAAUCCGACUCUUACCAUGGAUAUUAAUUGGUGAGAUUUUCAGUGCAAAAACACGGUCUGGCGGUGCCGGUUUAUCUGGCGCUGUGGGUUAUAUAUUCGGAUUUCUUACGAACAAAUUGUACAUUGAUAUGGUAGAAAGACUCGAUUUAUGGGGAACUUAUGGACUUUAUGGAAUCGUGUGUACCUUAGGCUGUAUAAUUUUUUAUUUCAUUCUACCUGAAACUGAAGGAAAAAAUUUAAGUGAUAUAGAAAAUCACUUUGCAGGAGUAAAGCGACUAUCUAACAAAGUUUACAGAUCAAAGAAAAUACCGCAUCAUGAAAAUUCUAAAAUGAGAGAAUUGAAAGGGUCCGCCAAUCCGUCAUUUGAACAUGAAAGUUCACAACUGUAAACAUACUAAUUCAUAAAAUAAAAAUAUACAUAUACAAAA